CCUCCGGUUGCAUUUUAAAUACAAAAAUGAUAAACGUGCUACGUGUUUUUAGUGGUAACAAAUCCGGUUUCGUGUUUCUUUUAAUAAUAACAACAUUUCUCGGAAAGAUAACAUCGGAUCCAAUUGAUCCAGACUUUAAGGAGCCAAUUUCAAACGUGACCGCUUCAGUGGGUAGAGAGGCCACAUUGUCCUGUACAGUGCAGGACCUUGGUAGUUACAAGGUCGCAUGGCUUCGAGUGGACACACAAACAAUUCUCACUAUAGCCAAACAAGUAAUCACAAAAAAUUUUCGAAUUGGAGUGACACACACAGACCACAGAAUCUGGCUUUUGCAUAUUCGUGAGGUCAGAGAAACGGAUCGUGGCUGGUACAUGUGUCAAAUAAACACUGAUCCUAUGAAAAGUCAAGUUGGCUAUUUAGAUGUCACUGUUCCACCCGAUAUUCUGGAUUUUCAAACUAGCACCGACAUGGUUGUACGUGAAGGUAGUAACGUGACCUUAAGAUGUGCAGCUGCUGGGUCACCAACACCGAACAUCACCUGGAGAAGAGAAGAUGGUCAGACAAUUUUAUUAGGAAAUGGAAGAAAAGCACAAAGCGUAGAGGGUCCUCUUUUUGAAAUCACAAAAGUAAAUCGACUGCACAUGGGGUCGUAUUUGUGCAUCGCAUCGAACGGAGUACCACCCUCUGUGAGCAAAAGGAUUACGUUGGUUGUACAUUUUCCGCCUAUGAUAUGGAUUCAAAAUCAAUUGGUCGGUGCACGAGAAGGUCAACAAAUAACUUUGGAGUGCCACUCAGAAGCUUAUCCAAAGUCUAUUAACUAUUGGACAAUGGAGAAGGAUGAGAUUGUUCCACAAAGUGGUAAAUACGAACUUUCGCUAGAGGAAAGUGAAUACAGAGUUCAAAUGAAAUUAACGAUACGUACAAUAACUGCAUCCGAUUAUGGAACGUAUAAAUGCAUCUCGAGAAAUUCACUGGGUGAUACUGACGGUAGCAUCAAACUCUAUCGGAUUCCAUCCAGUUCUGGCUUUGACGCGGAAAUUGAUACUAAUUACAAAGGAAAGUCUAGAAAAAAUUCUGGUAACGAAAUACUCGAGGGAAAUCAGGACAUGUUGAAAGAACGAGAUCCAGAUUAUGACUCUUCUAAAACGUCGAGUACGAAAUGCAACUUUGCAUUAAUUACUCUAGUACUUUUGAUGGUAAUCUACAGUCAUCAUCAUCCUCAACUGCAAGUACUUCAUCCUGCCUGAAAGAUGAAAUAAAUUUCUCAUUUGAAUAUUAAAGGAAGCAAAAUACGAAGUUUCUGUCCUUUAAUAUGUAAUAUACUGUGUGGAGAUGUCGAUAAUUUCGUGCUAAAAGGACGAUAAAUUAAUAAUUCAAAAUAACUCCCUUUAAUUUAUUCCCAAUAUAAAGCUUCGACUGAAUCAAAUGUAAUGCGAUUUCUAUUUUUUUAAAAACCUGCGAUAAAAUUCAGGUUAAUGUGAAGAAUAAUUUUUCUGCUUUUAUUUUAAAAAUAAUUUAAAUUGUGGUAAUGAAUGAAUUUUAAAAUUGGAAUAAUGUGAGUUAUUAGGGUGUGAAAGAUCUUAGAUUAAGUUGUAUUAAAGAAAAUCAAGUGUCAUCAUUGUACAUAGCUAAAUAUUGUGAAAUGUCAAAAAAAAGAAACCAAACUGCCAUCGUCCAACUAGUCAUUUUUAAAAUAUUGAAAAGUUUUUUCAAAUUUUGAUGCAUUUUUGGAAAAAGUAAUUAUAGGAAUUUCUUAUAAGGCGUGAUAUAUUCAUUUUAUUUAUUAUUAAAAUAAUAAGAAAUAUUACAGAAAGCAGGUAGUUUUGCAGAAUCUUUAUGGCAAGCUUCAAAUGUUCUACUCAUAGGAAGCUUUCCGUGUAAGCUUGCUGCAAUAUUCCCUUGUAAGCUUGCAGCAAACUUGAAACUGAAUCUUGCAAAACUUGCAUGGUAAGCCUGACAAAAAAUCGCUGCAAGAUUACCUGCUAUCUAAAAUGUAAUAAUAAAAAAGUAAUAUAAAGAGUAAUGAAAUGAUUAAUAUAAGAUAGCUAAUAUAAAAAUAUUUAAACAAAAUAGUGACAGAAAAGGAUAAUAAUUUGUUUCUUUGUUUCCUUAUCACCCACUAUGGCUUUUGAUGAUAAUUAAUAUUCUUUUCAAGAAAAAACUCUCUUUUCAUUUUGAAUACGGGACUAAUUUCGUUUUAAAAAGUUAUUUCCAAGUGAAAGCGAUUAAAAAGAAAAUAAUGACCAAACAUUUGUACUCUCAGUAUUUCUUUCUCUAAAAAUCAUCUGAAAAAAAAUUGUACACAAAUAAAAUAUAUAUUUCAGUGAAAUAGAAAGAAUGUUUGUCAAAAAAUAAAAUGGUUUUGAUUUGAAAACUUAUUUUCUGCCGAAUUAUUGUAUUGAAGGCAAAAAAGCAGACAAUGUGAGUCAGUCACUCGAAUAGCAUGUCAAACGAGGAAAAGUGUCAAAAGUGAGGUCAGAUUAAGGGGAUUCUUGACGUGGCGAUGCCUAUGAAAGUAUAUAUCUCCCCCUCAAAAAUAUAUUUAUUCACCAGAUAUUUCUUCUCUGUUCAAAAUGUUGCCCCAUACAAUACAAUGGGAUUGCACCACCCCAACAGUGAAAUGUCGUGAGUAACCUAGAUGCAUUGAAUCAAAUUUUAUUUCCCUCCCUUUCCAAAUACAACCGCGAAGAAUUACAUUUCACAAUUUUUCUUAUGCCAUUUCAGGACCCCCCUUUAAUUCGUUUUGUCAAUUUCCUCUUUGUAAUUCUUCAUGCGUAACAAAAAUCUCAUUGUCGUCGAAGACAUCCGUGAGACAAUUGAUAGACGCAAAAAAGCCUCGCUCCUCAUUUAUUAUAUACUUGUGUAAAAAUUGCAAACAGAAUGAAAAGAGAAAUUAAUUGAAAAGAGAUUGAAAAUUUUUUCAAAACAUUUGAUAAGAAAUUGUAUUGCUUCUUACAUUUCAAUAAGAAAAACGUAUAAAGAAACUAUUAAAAAAAUGAAACGUUUGGUUUAUAAUUUAAGGAAAAAAUUCUGCAAAUGUGAAAAAUUGU